UGGCGGCGCCCAGGAAGCUAGCGUGAGCCUGUUGCCGGGGGAGCUACAUUAAGACCAAAGUCGCUGCUUUUGCCUAAACUCGCAAUCGGCCACCAUGUCCCGUCUGAUCGUCAAGAACCUGCCAAGCGGGAUGAAGGAAGAGCGAUUCCGGCAGCUGUUUGCCGCCUUUGGCACUCUGACUGACUGCAGCCUCAAAUUCACCAAGGAUGGCAAGUUUCGCAAGUUUGGCUUCAUUGGCUUCAAGUCUGAAGAGGAGGCCCAAAGGGCGCUGGACCACUUCCACAGAAGCUUCAUUGACACAGCUCGGGUCACAGUGGAGUUCUGUAAGUCAUUUGGAGACCCAUCUAAACCUCGAGCCUGGAGCAAACACUCCCAGAAAGCCACCCAGCCAGGGAAGCCUGAAAAAAACCCAGUGAUCCCUGACACUAAGAAAGACAAAAAGAAGAAAAAAGCAACAGGAGAAUUGGAAAACCUAAAGAAAGAUGCCGAGUUUCAGGAAUUCCUGAUGGUUCACCAGAAGCGAACACAGGUGGCCACUUGGGCAAAUGAUACUGUGGGAGUGGAACCAAAGAAAGAGAAGGCCAAGAAGAGUGAUGACUACCUGAAUUUUGAUUCUGACUCAGGGCAAGAGAGUGAAGAAGAAAUAGAUGAUGAAGACUCUGAAAAAGAAAGUCCAGCAGUGAAGGCCGCAGAGCAGAAGGAACUUUCUGACAUGGACUACCUAAAGUCCAAAGUGGUGACAGCAGAUUCCUCAGAGGAGGAGGAGGAGGAGGAGGAGACCAGUGAAGAUGAGGCAAUGGCUUGUGAUGAGGAAGGCAGUGAUGAGGAAGAGGAGCAGCCAACACCCGGCCCCAGGGGCUCCAUGACUGGACCCAAGCAGCCCAGCCAAGCCCAAGGAGAGGUGACUGCACCAACCACAGCUUACACAGUGAAGCUCCGGGGAGCGCCCUUUAAUGUCACUGAGCAAAAUGUUAGAGAAUUCCUGCUGCCCCUAAAGCCCGUGGCUAUCCGCAUUGUAAGAAAUGCUCAUGGGAACAAGACAGGUUAUGUCUUUGUUGACUUCAACAGCGAAGGGGACGUGGAAAAAGCCUUGAAGCGUAACAAAGAAUACAUGGGUGGCCGCUACAUUGAGGUGUUCAGGGAGAAGGGAGCCCACGGGACCCCAAAGCACCAAAAAAGCAACCAAAAGGCCUGGCAGGGCAGAGAACUCAAGGAGGGUGAGGAGGAGGAGGACCUGGCCGACUCAGGGAGGCUCUUUGUAAGGAACCUGCCUUACACCAGCACGGAAGAGGACCUCGAGAAGCUAUUUGCCAAAUAUGGUCCCCUGUCCGAAGUCCAUUAUCCUAUAGAUGGUCUGACCAAGAAACCCAAGGGCUUUGCUUUCAUCACCUUCAUGUUCCCUGAGCAUGCAGUUAAGGCCUAUGCGGAAGUGGACGGGCAGAUCUUCCAGGGCCGGAUGCUCCACCUGUUACCCUCCACCAUCAAGAAGGAGACCACCAGUGAGAAUUCAGACGCACUGUCUUCUUCCUACAAGAAGAAAAAGGCAUUGAAGGACAAAGCCAACAGUACCAGCUCUCACAACUGGAAUACGCUCUUCAUGGGGACAAAUGCCGUGGCCGAUGCUGUUGCACAGAAGUACAACGCCACAAAGAGCCAAGUGUUUGACCAUGAGAUCAAAGGCAGUGUGGCUGUGCGGGUGGCCCUGGGGGAGACUGAGCUGGUCCAAGAGGUGCGACGCUUCCUGAUCGAGAACGGCGUUAGCCUGGAUUCCUUCAGCCAGGCUGCGGGCGAGAGGAGCCGGUCCGUGAUCUUAGCGAAGAACCUGCCGUCAGGGACGCGGCCCUCGGAGCUGCAGGAGCUCUUUGGCCGCUUCGGCAGCCUGGGCCGGGUGCUGCUGCCCGAGGGAGGCGUCACAGCAAUCGUGGAGUAUCUGGAGCCUCUGGAAGCCCGGCGAGGCUUCACCAGCCUGGCCUAUUCCAAGUUCCAUGAUGUUCCCCUGUACCUGGAAUGGGCGCCCGUCGGGGUCUUCUCCAGCCACCCGUCCCCAAAGGAAGAACCAGGAGACGAGCCUGGAGGGAAGGAGGCCGCUCAGCGUGAGGCCGGGCCAGAUGGUGAAGCCACGGACGAGGCAGAGAAAAGAGCAGCAGCGGCCCCAGAAAAGAAGCUGGAUGCCCCGAGCGAGGAAGACGAUGAUGACGAUGAAGAAGAGGAGGGUCUUCCCGGGUGUACUUUGUUCAUCAAAAACCUCAAUUUCUCCACCACAGAGGAGACGCUGAAAGAGGCUUUCUCCAAAGCUGGGAAGGUCAAGAGUUGCAGCGUCUCCAGGAAAAAGAACAAAGCAGGUGUGUUGCUGUCCAUGGGCUUUGGCUUUGUAGAGUACCGGAAGCCAGAACAGGCCCAGAAAGCCCUCAAACAGCUCCAGGGCUGCAUGGUGGACGACCACAAGUUGGAAGUGAGGAUUUCCGAGAGGGCUAUUAAGCCAGCCGUGACGUCAGCCCGGCAGAAACAGGUGGCCCGCAAGCAGAGGACGUCUAAGAUCUUAGUUCGCAACAUCCCGUUCCAGGCCAACGUGCGGGAGAUCCGAGAGCUAUUCAGCACCUUCGGGGAGCUGAAGACAGUCCGUUUGCCAAAGAAGAUGACGGGGACAGGCCCCCAUCGAGGGUUCGGCUUUGUGGAUUUCCUAACCAAACAAGAUGCCAAGAGGGCUUUCAAUGCCCUGUGCCACAGCACCCAUUUGUACGGCAGAAGACUGGUCCUCGAAUGGGCAGACACAGAGGAGACGGUCCAGGCCCUGAGACGGAAGACAGCUCAGCAUUUCCACGAUUCCCCAAAGAAAAGGCGGUCUGUGGUGUUGGACGAGAUCCUGGAGCAGCUGGAGGAGGGCGAAAACGAGGGCGAAAACGAGGGCGGCGAGUAGCAGAUACUUCAGCAGCUCCCUGGUGGAGAGAGGUAUACAACUGGUCCUCCUCAGCCAGGCUCUGGAGAGAGCUGGUCCCUUCCCAUCUUCUAGCCCUGACUUGUUUGAAAUGGAGAGAAGGCCAUUUUCACCUGUUACCAUCCAAAUUCAACCCACUUGAGCCUCCAAGACAGACUCCAUCCUUCCAGAAACAGUUGUAGAAGACCAAGUUUUCUCAACUCAAGAGCCACACAGCCUCCCCAUUUGGACCCCCACCCUUGGAAACUGAUUUUACAGAGAGGAAUUACUCCCAGGAUAAAAAAAUCUGUUAGCAAUGUAAGAAUUAAAAUUAGGAGAUUGAUAAUUUUAUUAAAUCAAAAGGAGGAGGAGGAAGAAGGAAAAAUAGGAGAGAGAUAUAAAAGGUAUGUAGCUGGCUAAUCUGUGGUCGCCAUUUUGAGCCCCCUAAUCACACCCACCAGCACCGAGUAGCCACCAACAAGAAGAGCAAAAAGGGGUCUUGAAAUUCACUUUUUGGGAUAUGGCCCUUUAAGCCAAGGUAUGGACCCUAUUCAUGGAACAACAAAUCUCAAACCCUAAAGGAUUCUCUCAUAUUAAAAAAAAAAAUGCAAAAUAAGUGAAUAGAAUGCUGGGCAUGGGGUCAGGAGAACCUAGACCCAAAUCCCACCCAUGACACUCAUUUUGCAAUGCAAGUCAAUGGAGAUCAGUUUCCUCCUUUGUAAGAUGAGACUUAAAAACAAUGCCUACCUCACAGAGUUAUUGUGGGGAUCAAAUAAGCGAGUAUGUAUAAAGAUCUUUGUAAAGCUUUUAAAGUGCUAAAUAAAUGUCUAUUUUUGUUGUUGUUA